UCUGUGAUUAGAUAGAUACCUCCCCAAUUUAAUCAAAAUUUCUAGGGUUUCAUCAUAAGAAAUCUCCCAAACCCUAACCGAAAAACAUAUAUCCAGCAAUUACUCACUUUCCCCAUAUUCAAUCCAGUCGCGUCUAGGGUUUCAAUUCAGUUUUCAAUUCAAUUCAAAUCAAUCACAAUGGCGCCUGCUGCCAAACCGAGCAAGCAAGGCACAGACGAUUCGGAGACGCCGUCGAACAAUCUCUGGGUCGGGAACUUAGCGAGUGACGUCACCGACUCUGAGCUCAUGGACCUCUUUGCCCAGUACGGUGCGUUAGAUAGCGUCACCACCUACUCCUCGCGUAGCUACGGCUUCGUGUUCUUCAAGCGUGUGGAGGACUCUGCGGCGGCCAAGGAGUCAUUGCAAGGCGCCCUUCUGCGUGGAAACCCCAUUAAGAUUGAGUUUGCUCGACCGGCAAAACCUUGCAAGAAUCUAUGGGUAGGUGGAAUUAGCCCAUCUGUUUUGAAGGAAGAACUAGAAGAAGAAUUUCUUAAGUUUGGAAAAGUGGAGGACUUCAAGUUCCUUAGAGACCGGAAUACUGCAUUUGUUGAAUAUUUUAGAUUGGAGGAUGCUUCCCAUGCAAUGAGAAACAUGAAUGGGAAGCGAUUGGGUGGUGACCAGAUACGAGUGGAUUUUCUUCGGUCACAACCCUCAAGAAGGGAACAGUGGCCUGACUACAGAGACGGACAGUUUCUGUCCAGAAACACGGGGCCCACUGAUUCUCAAAAAAGACAACAGUAUUCUCAAUCUGCUGGGGGACGAAAAGGUGACAGUCAACCGAGUAACGUUCUGUGGAUUGGCUAUCCUCCUUCUGUUCAGAUUGAUGAACAAAUGCUCCACAAUGCAAUGAUUUUGUUUGGUGAGAUUGAGAGGAUUAAAAGUUUUCCUUCAAGGCACUACUCCUUUGUCGAAUUCAGGAGUGUAGAUGAAGCUCGGCGUGCCAAGGAAGGGUUGCAGGGCAGGCUUUUCAAUGAUCCUCGGAUUACAAUUAUGUUCUCAAGCAGUGGGCUGGCCCCCGGUAAAGAUUACUCUGGCCCUUAUCCUGGAGGCAAAGGACCUAGAGCAGAUAUGUUAUUCAAUGAACAAUCUCUUCGGCCUUUACAGAUGGAUAUGUUCGGUCAUAACCGUCCAGUGAUGUCUAAUAACUAUCCGGGAGCUCUACCACCAAGUGGCAUUCUUGGACCAAAUGUCCCGAUGAGGCCUUUAGGUUCUCAAGGUAGGUUUGACCUUUCAGGCCCAGAACUUAAUGAUUUGGUGUCGAUUCAUAAUUAUCAAGACGGCAAUUCCAAGAACCUGAUGGGUCCAAACUGGAGGCGGCCAUCUCCUCCUGCACCUGGUGUCCUUUCUUCUCCUGCGCCUGUUAUUAGGCCACACACUAGAUCUGCAUCUAAUGCAUGGGAUGUGUUGGAUGUUAACCAAUUUCAAAGGGAAUCAAAACGAUCGAGGAUAGAUAGUCCUUUGUCCAUGGAGGACCCUCUGUAUCCAUUGAGAAAGAUGGAUGAUCAUGGAUUGGGGUUAGAUUCAUCUUAUGGAAUUGGUCCAGUAAUAGAUGGAGGUGCUUCUGGUCCAUCUAUGAAUGGCCAAGGGAUUAGUCCAGCUGGUGCAAGGGUCUCAGUUGGAGGGCCUCCUGAUAAUGAUUAUAUAUGGCGUGGAACUAUUGCCAAGGGUGGAACACCUGUUUGUCAUGCUCGCUGUGUCCCUAUAGGAAAAGGGAUAGGAAAUGAGCUCCCCGAAAUUGUUAAUUGUUCAGCCAGAACUGGACUGGAUAUGCUCACAAAACACUACGCUGAGGCCAUUGGGUUUGACAUCGUUUUCUUCUUGCCAGAUAGUGAAGAUGAUUUUGCUUCCUACACUGAAUUCCUUCGUUAUCUUGGUGCUAAAAAUCGUGCUGGUGUUGCCAAGUUUGAUGAUGGGAUGACCUUAUUUUUGGUACCUCCUUCAGAUUUCUUGAAGAAUGUUUUGAAAGUUGCAGGCCCUGAACGUCUGUAUGGUGUGGUUCUCAAGUUUCCACAACAAGUUCCUAGUACUGUUUCUAUGCACCAACAAAUGCAGCCCAUGCCACCUUCACAGUUCAUAGAUAGACAGCAGAUUCUUUCUUCACAAGCUGAGUAUAGUGCAAUCCCAUCGAAGGAGGAACAUAUUUUGCCAAUGGAUUAUAACAGGGUUUUGCAUGAGGACUCGAAGCUUUCUGCAAAACCACCAUUUCCACCUACUAGUGAGCCCUCUGGAGUGCAGCCCCAAGACUAUGCUUCUAGUAAUAGUGCUGCAGUAUCGCAAGCUGGAGUUACAUUAACUCCUGAACUUAUUGCCACUCUGGCGACUUUACUGCCUGGAAAUGCACAGUCGUCUGGUCCAGAAAGUGCUAAGAUAUCAGUAUCCUCAGCAGCUAGGCCUUCAUUUCCUACAUUUGCAACUAAUAAAGCAUCCUCUCCUGGAUGGAAACAAGAUCAACAAAUUUUUGAUCAUACCGGUAAUGUGUUGCAACAGUUAGGUAGUCAAUUUAAUCCGCAUGACCAAAAUCUUUCGCAGUACCAGCCAUAUCCGCCUGUUCCAAACAGUUCAAACCACUCUAACCCACUGGUCCUCGGUAGCACCCAAUUCCCAGACUCUUCUGUCAGUCUGCCCCUACAUGCUGCAAGUUCAUCCAGACCUUUGAGUAAUUUUACGAUCCCUUCUCAAGGUGGACAAGUUACUGGAUCCUCGCAUCUCAACCAGCAGUAUCUGGCUGAAGCUCCUCUUGGAACUCAGAAAGGCUUUUUAGCACAUGGAACAGAUGCCUCUGGGUUGUACAGUUCACCUGUUUCUCAGCACCACAAUAAUUCUUUGACCUUUUCUGGUCAGACUUAUGGUGCUAAUUCACAGUCGCAGACCUUUGCCCCAUUAGUGUCUGAAAAGGUGAACACAGAAUACCCAAAUCAAAUGCAGCAGCUUCAGUCUGCACUUCUUGGUGCUGGUCAGAGCGCUCCAGAUGGUGAGGCUGACAAAAAUCACCGGUAUCAGUCUACGCUCCAAUUUGCUGCUAACCUCCUCCUCCAAUUACAGCAGCAACAACAGCAGCAGCAGCAAAUGGGUAGUCAAUCUGGGCGAGGAUCGGGAAGUCAACAGUGACAAUUAUUACUCCAUAUAGGAGCACAAUUAUUUGGAGGAAGUAAUAGGAGUUUGGUGUUGGGAAGAUGUGCAGUGGUGAAUAGACAGAUAUUUGAGGAUGUGAGGGGUGAGGAGGUGUGGAGAGGGUUCGUUUUUGGGCUUCUCUUUGGGUAUUGGUGUCGUCAAAGUUUAGGAAGAGUUUUGCAACUAUGGCACGUUGAAAUUGAUUUUGUAGGUUCUCGUUGUCCUAUUGUCUAAAAUAACAGUAUUAAUCUGAAUUAGAACAUUUAGGUAUAUGUUGUAAUCGUAGCAAUGAAAUGCUUUCUUGUAAACUUGAUUGUUUGAUAGCUCAGUAAUUUAUUUUGUGGUGGGUUGUAUGAUCAAAUUUUUGUAUACAGUUGAGGAUGCAUAAUUUGAUAUCAACUUUUUAGUUUUUAUUAUAUUGUGGUUUCUGCAUAAAUUUGGACAGUAUUGUUAACCUAGGACUCAAGUUGUUUCCUUGAUGCAGCUGCAUUGUCAUUGCUAGUUUUAUCUUUUCGAAAACAUGUUUUUAUUAUUUUUUUCUUUCUAAGAAUACGUGUUUCAUGUUUGGUCCAUUGAUUGUGUUUAUUACACUUGUUGAUAUAUGUUGACAUUUUUUUUGUGCUCAAGGUUACUUUGUUUUAUUUAUUUAUUAUCCUUGUCUGCAACUAUUAACUUAUAAUGUGCAUUUGAAACUGCUUAUGUUUUUUUGGCGGUAGUUUGUCUCAUUAGUUUUGUGCUCCUGUUUUUUUAGUGGAUUGUUCUUUAUGUGUGAUGACUUGGUUUUCAGUUAUAGAAAUUAUUAUUGAUUUGAUAAUUUAUGCUGCUAAAGAGAGCACUAUAUUGAAGUGUGUUAUCUUCUUUCUUUUUUCCCCAUCAGUUUUCUUCUACCAUGCAUUACAUGUUUAUUUUAUAUCUAUAGCCUGAACUUGUUAUAGUUUACAUUUUUUUGGCCUUUCGAAGCGAUGGUCUUUGGUGACUAUUAUCUGACUUUAGGGUAAGUCUUUUUCAACCUUAUCGAAUUGUAACUAUGAUUUGUAAUAUGUUAUGUAAGAGUUCUUCGGACAUAAUUUGGUGACAAUUGCAAUGCUUGGUAAAUUAAUAACCUCUAUCGAGUUUCAUCUUCCCCAACUAACAUAACAUCUGUUAAACCCAUAUGCUACUGUGGCAUUCGAGAGAUUUCCUUUGUUUCUUCCAAUAGUUUUUAUUGAGAGUAAAUUGUGAGUAAUGUCAAAAUUUUAUAUGAAUUAAAAUCCUUCUAUUUCCGUCUCUCCCUUUCCUUUUUUUUUUUUGGGUCGAAAAAUGGGAUGAGAUUGUCAAAAUUCAUAACCUAAUGGGCAAAUAAUACCUAAUCAAUUCUAACUUUUAAUGAUGCAUUUUGAUAUCUUAAUGUAAGCCUUCACUUGUAGCACUAGUCUAGAAUAAGGGGAGGGGGAACAAAAUUUAGAGAAGAGUAUAAACCAUGCUGAAUCAUUUUGCACUUUGGGUUUAGAGAUCAAUUCCGAAAACUACUGAGAACCUUUGUAUAAAUAGUUUCCUGAUACUGUCCUUAAUAAUUUCCUAAUAUGUAAUUUAUGUACAAUCUACAAAAGGAGAGCAUUCCAGUAUUCCUGGUAUAGGCAUGGGUAUGGUCAGCUAUCUGCUAUUUAGAUUAUAGUGACCUCCUAAACUAAAGACUCAGUAUAAUUUACGUCAUGAAACGAAAGAACACAAAGGUUAGAAAUUCGGUACCCUCUCUUGUUUUCCCCAUUGCACUUGUGAGGUUGCUACCCAGUGGUUUGAGGGAAAGCGAUUUCAUGAUGAAAGGAAAAAGAAAAUAAGAUGACCGAGUACUUCCGUGUGAGAAAGAAAAACACAUCUUAUCUUCCGUCAAUCUUUUAGAGUUAUCUGAUAAAUUAUGAUGACCAUAUACUGGUAUUUAUAGAAAAUGUAAAUAUAGGCACCUAUGUAAAUACAGAACCUGGAGAAAAAAAUGCAACUAGGGCAAAGGAGCAAUAGUAUAAAUAUAUAAACUAGGGUAAAAUUUCAUUAGCCCCGGCAUGCUUACAUAAUCAGCUCCAUCAGAUUCUGUGUCGCGUCUUGUUUGAUUAAUUAUGUUCAACUAAAAUUACCUGUUGUUGGUCUUAAUUUAUCAUAUCUAUAUAAACAUAUGAAGCAACUGACAGCAUGGUUCUUUAGAAAAAGAGAAAAUGGUAAUAAGAAACAUAUACAAAUAAAAUGUGUUAGAAAUUGGAUGUAUAGUCUUUUGAAGUUACACUGGCGAAUUGUGGCAACUAUGCAAAUCAUUUUGUUUCUUCUUUUUCCCAAUGAAGUUUGUAUUGCACGCCGUGCUUAUUUUGCCUUCUGGUUUGAGUGAAAAUUAUACAUAUGCCAUCCCGAGAAUGUUGAAUAUGAAUCGGUUAGUCUUAAUUGUUGAAUAUCUGACAUGUUGAAGUAAAACUUAGUCUAUCCAAGCAGAAACUUUUCUAAAUUGUGCUUUGUGGGAGUUGAAUUAGUGCUUAGAUUUGCUGGAGACAUUUUUUUUCCCUGUUGAACUGCAAGUGAGGUCAAGGAUUGUUGGAUUUUUGUUGGAGAUGAGAACAUGAUGAUUCUAUAAAAUGAUUAUAUAUAAAUUGGGAACAAACAUAGACAAGCGUGGAAUUUGAUCAAUUCUUUCAUGUGCAAAUUUUGAUGGAUCAUUCUGCCUUAUGCCUUAUGCCUGAUAGGUAAAGUUAUUCAUUUGUGAAGUGCAAUAAAACUGGAUUUUGCAAUUUCAACUACCAGCUGAAGAAACAAAUAGAAAACUGUUCAUUCUGGAUCGAUUUCUGUUUGAAAUUAUCCUUGCACGACUUUUUGAAAACCAUGUUUUUCUAGGCGUUUUUAGGUUCAUAUUUGCCUUCUAAGAAAAAUUCAAGAAUUAAAUUUUCUUUGCGUUUGAUCAGGGGUGUCAUUAUUUAUUUUUAUUUUUUGUUAUAAGUCCGUUGAGAUUAUUGUGCCGUUCAAUUCAUGGAGCCUUUUUAACGUCACCGUUGAUUUGUUCUAUGGCUCCCAAUGCGACCAACAUUUUCAAUUUUGUAGCUUCCUCAAAGUCGCAAAUGCUCUGACUUGUCUUCUGUUGUAUGGAGGCAAGAUAGCCGAAGGCUUCCUUAUGGUACGAGCGAUAUCAUUUUUUCUUUUUCUUUUUUUCUUUUUCGGGUACAAAGUGGCGGCGAAGACCGGAAUUUUAUCCUUAGAUGCGGCAGUGAUUGUCAAUUUUUUAAAAUAGGUGGGAUAAAGGUAUUAGUGAUACAAGUGAUUUUGAGUGAAAGGAAACUCGAACAUAGAACCUUAGGCGCAGAGAUAAUUGCUCUUAAUCAGUUGAACUACAAGUCGUUUUCAUAAUCAACUGUGACGUAAUUAGUUGGGUCACCAUUAAAUGCGCUAAAAGUUGCAAAUGGAGCAAAAUGUUAUACGUUAGAUUACUCAAUUUCAUUUGUUGGGUUGAUUAAUUUGUUAACAAGUGCUUUGAAUUAGGAGUUUAAUAAGAGCGAUAAUUAUUAUAGCAAUAUAAAAUUAAGAUAAAAAGAUGUUUUGUUUUAUUAUUUUCCGUACUUGACCAGCCUUUUAUAU